CCUGUGCAGACGGAGUUAGCAACAGUCUUUUCUUUUAGCUUUGGUACAUCCAAAACGGCGUUUUGUUGUUUUUUUACCCCGGCGACUCUUUGUGCUUUAACAAGUGAGACAGUCACUAAUGAGUCGGAGGGACUUUACACUUGACUGUAUUUAUUAAAAAGUUGAGAGUAGCAGCGUAGAGACCGUCGUGUAGCCUAGCCAAACUUUGUGCGUUGUUCCAGUGUCCGGAAGUUCUGAGGGAAAAAAGUAAGAAAGGCAUGAAAAAAAGGAGCUGGAACAAACAUUUGUCCAACUUUCUCCGAGGACAUUGAAAAACUAUUUACUCCCUCUCUGAUAUAACAGAUAUCGUGUUUUUUUCGUUGGUUAUCUUUUAAUCCGCUGUUUGCAUUAAUUUAUCGAUGGGUCUGCCGACGCUGGAGUUCAGUGAUUCUUUCCUGGACAGUCCGGAGUUCAGAGAGAGACUUCACUGCCAUGAAAUUGAGCUGGAGAGAACCAACAGGUUUAUUAAAGACCUUAUCAAAGAUGGAAACAUGCUCGUAUCUGCCCUCAGAAGUCUUUCUCUUGCUGUUCAGCGGUUCUCCCAGUCUCUGCAGGAGUUCCAGUUUGAAUGUAUCGGAGAUGCUGAGACUGAUGAUGAGAUUAGUAUAGCCCAGUCAUUGAAGGAGUUCUCCCAGCUGUUGAGCACCAUGGAGGAGGAGAGAAAACGACUGAUCCAGAAUGCUGAUGACGUGUUGAUCUCACCGCUCGAGAGGUUUCGAAAGGAGCAGAUUGGAGCUGUAAAGGAGGGAAAGAAACAGUUUGACAAAGAGACAGAAAGAUACUACUCUGUUCUGGAGAAACACCUCAGCCUGUCGCCUAAGAAGAAGGAAACACAGCUGCUAGAGGCUGAUUCACAGAUGAGUAAAGACAGGCAGGUUUUUUAUGAUGCAUCACUGCAGUAUGUCUUCAAGAUCCAAGAAGUUCAGGAGAGGAAAAAGUUUGAGUUUGUGGAGCCGUUACUGGCCUUCCUGCAGGGUUUGUUUACAUUCUACCAUGAAGGCUACGAGCUGGCCAGUGAGUUUGAUCCCUACAAGCAGCAGCUUCAGUUCAACCUCCAGAAUGCUCGCAAUAACUUUGAAAGUACUCGUGCUGAGGUUGAGAGGCUAAUGAAGAGAAUCCGCUCUGCAGAAGAAGACUUCAAAGCCCCCAGCUGUUUCACAAUGGAGGGAUAUCUGUACAUCCAGGAGAAACGUCCACUGGGCAGCGUGUGGACCAGAUACUACUGCACCUAUGAGAAAAGCUCCAAGAUGUUCAGCAUGAGCAACACAGAGGGAAGACCAGCCAGCAGACAGAAUGGUGUGGUUAACGUUACACCUGAGGUGUUCAGGCUGCGCUCGUGUGUCAGAAGGAAGACGGACUCCAUCGACAAACGCUUCUGUUUCGACAUCGAGGUGGUGGAGAGACAUGGCGUUAUCACUCUGCAAGCACUCUCUGAGGCAAAUAGGCGGCUGUGGAUGGAGGCAAUGGAUGGAAAAGAGCCGAUUUACACUCUGCCUUCUUUGCUGAGUAAAAAGGAGGAGACUUUUCUUAACGAGGCAGGCCUCACCUUUGUGAAGAGGUGCAUAGAGCUGGUUGAAGCAAGAGGCAUUACCACCCUUGGUCUGUACAGAACUGGAGGAGUCAACUCCAAAGUGCAGCGGCUGAUGACAAGUGUGUUCUCAUCCAUGGCUCCCACUGAUAUGCAGCUGGAUGCAGACGCCUGGGACACCAAGACCAUCACCAGCGGCCUCAAGAAUUAUUUCAGGUGUUUAGCAGAGCCGCUACUGACCUACAGACUGCAUAAAGAAUUCCUCAAAGCAGCAAAGUAUGAUGACCAGAAGCACAGGGUGAGAGCAAUUCAUGCUCUUGUGCACAAACUUCCAGAAAAAAACAGAGCCAUGUUGGAUCUUUUAACAAAUCACCUUCUAAAGGUUUCGUCCCACAGCGACCAGAACAUGAUGACUGUAUCAAACCUCGGGAUGAUCUUUGGUCCCACAUUGAUGAGGUCACAGGAAGAGACGGUGGCAGCCAUGAUGAACAUUAAGUUUCAAAACAUUGUCGUGGAGAUUAUUAUUGAAAACCACCAGAAGAUCUUUGGUGAGGCUCCAGACAUGUCUGUCCCAUUACCGCCGGCUCCAUCUUCUCGGUCGACUCCUCGGAGGAACAAAGCCAUCUGUCUGUCUUCUGGGAAGAGGAAGGCCCGCCUCUACCCUCCUACUCUGUGCCUGGCAGACAACGAUAGCGACACAUUCAGCAGCAGUCCCAGCACGACUCCGAUGGGCAGCCAAGAGUCUCUGUCCUCACACUCCUCUGAAAAGAACGGACUGUCCCAGACCUCCCCUCCUUCCUCUCCUGCUGCUCAGCCCGACUCGACCUCCUCAGCACAGCUGUCUCCCCCUCCAGCUUCCUCCUGCUCUCCAGUCAAUGUCUCUUCAAACGGGAAGGAUCAGAAGCAGCCAGCGGACAGCGCCAGCCCCUCUCGCCUCACACCACCUCCCUCCUGGACCUCUUCUCAGCUCACUCCUGCUCAGCAGACUUCCUCUGUGUCCUCCUCCCUGUCAUCCUUACUCUCUGAAGACCGGACUCUGUCUGUCAAAGGAAACUCAACCGCCUCCUUGUCAUCUUUAAAAGAAUCAAGAACUCCCUCUGUAGCUUCCUUGUCCGUUCAGCACUCCUCUGUGGAGCGAGCCUCUUCUCUCAGGGAGAGUCGUCCUGUGCAGAGGGUGUCGUCUGUCUCCUCUUUGAAGAGCACAAAUUCAGUUGAUCAAAGAAACACCUCCUCCACACUCACAGAAAACAAAGUGACAGACUCUACCUCUCCUUCACGCCAGCAUAGAAAAACGUACAGGACACCGUCCUCUUCCUCUUCCUCCUCCUCUUCAUUAUUCCCCUACCGGCUCUCCACAUCUUCCUCUCUGACCUCCCUACACAUCUCUGAGGAUUAUAAAAGCUGUCAUGGUUCAGUGCAGAGUCUCAUGUCACUGGAGCCACAAGAUGCAGCACAUCCACGGAGAACGUCACACAUCCGCUGUGGCUCCGAUUUGACCGGGAAACUUUCUGCAGCUGCCACAUCCAGCAACGGAUACCAAAGGCCUGCUUCAGUAUUAUCAGCCAGACUAGCACAACGUGAGAGCUCUGUCUUCUCCUCAGCGUUAGAUAUUUGUCCAGGACGGGACGCAAGAGCUCUUUAUUCCUGUGAGGCAGAACACAGCCAUGAACUCAGUUUUCCACAGGGGGCGCUGUUCUCAAACGUUCACCCUUCUGUUGAACCAGGCUGGCUUCAGGCAACAUAUAACGGAAAAACAGGCCUAAUACCUGAAAACUACAUCGCAUACAUGUGACGUCAGCACAGUAUCACUGAGUAGCAAAGAUCUAUGUUAGACUUCAAGGCUUUACAGUGUAUUCAAAAACACUGUGCUGCUGUUCAAAGAUAAAAUAUGUUUAUCAAAUAAUUGUGACUGUUAGCACUGAAUCACUGGGUCUACAUAUGAAUCAUUUACUGUAUGUAUAUCUGACUACUACAUGUCAACUAUGAUUUAUGUCAACAAACAGCUUUCAUCGUGGGAGCCGUUUAAAUCUGGGCUUCUAUCUUCUCAACUCUUUCUCCAUUCAUUUACAACCAUCAGUGUGUUCUGAUCAGCCUUCCUGCAGUAAUUCUAUGAAGUUUUACAUGGAGAUUAUCAUUAUUGAUCAUUUUUGUGUUUGUAAAUAAUCAUGUUGAUAUUAAAUGUCCUCACCUGUGUGCCUUAAACAGUAUGAACUGAUUGCCUUUGACUGAAUCCUGCCUUAACAAUUGUUUUCCAUUGUCA